AUGUCGGCUCUGAAGCUAGAGAUGGGCGCAGACCAAAUCAAGACUCACGAGCGUAGAGAUGAACGUGCGUUCGUGCGAGGCAAAGUAAACAGCAACGCCUUCACAUUGGAUUACGCGCAGUUUUACUUUAGACCGGAGCCAAUUAGUGGCCAACAGCAACAACAGCGACUACAGCAGCAGCUAGCGCAACAACAGACGCAACAGACGCAACAACAGCUGCAGCUGCAGCGACAGCAACAGCAGCAAGUGCAGCAGCAAUUGCUCGCCCAACAGCAGCAGCAACUGCAGAUCCAACAACUUCAACAGCAACUGCUGCUGCAACGGCUAGAGCGUGAGUUGCAGCAGCAACACCACCAACAGCAGCUAGCCCAACAGCAGCAGCAAAUCCUCUACCAUCAGCGACAACACUACGGACGACAUCGUUGGCUCUCAGGCGGCAACCACUACAAUUACACGCCGCUACACCAACAACAGCACCACCACCACCAGCAGCAGCAGCAGCAGCAGCAGCAGCAACAACAACAGCAGCAACAACAGUACAGCUAUUACUUCAGUCGAGGCAGCAGUAGCAGCAGCGGGCUGGGUCUAGGCCUGGGCUUGGGCUUGGGCUUCGGUUUGGGCAGCAGUAAUCUAGCCAGCUGGUACCAUCUACCAUCGACGUCGGCUCACAUCUACAUUGGCAGCAGCAGCACUGGCGGCGCUCCAUAUCCCUAUCGGCUAGGCUACAGCGGCGGGGGCUAUCCAGCAGCAGCGUUGAUUAACUUUGACACGUCGCCCACACCGCUGCUAUCGUCUACAGGCAGCUCGCCUGGGUAUUUGCCGCCACUGCCGGCUCCGGCAUUGCCACCACCACCACCGGCGCCCAGCGUAGCGACCGAUUACUACUUUAGCAGCAGCAGUAGCAGCCGGGCGCCCGCAAUAGUUAGAGCCGAGCCGUUUCAGGAGUACGCAGCGGCGGCAGUUGCAGCGGCGGAAGAGGAGCUACAAGCUGGCGGCUAUCGUUACAAGGCAACGCCACGCCGGCGCUACGACGCCUACGACAACUACGGCUAUCUGCCGGGCCUUGCCAGCACCACCGAGGACGAGGACGAUCUGCUUGAGGAGUGCCUCCCGGCGGCCUUGCUAUCCACGGACUGCGAAAGUCUCGAGGACGUACGCUUUCUCGAAUACAAUAGCAACCACCACCCAGAGUACUACGACGACGACGACGAAGAGGCCCAGCUGGCGCACAUACUCGAUCUUGAUCUGCCCGAUUUUCUGCGCCCUUACAGCAGCAGCAGCGGCGGCGGCGGCGGUAGCAGAAACAGCCACAAAACGCCGCCACAACACGAAUAUCAAACGGAGCACGGCAGCGCAGCCGGAGCAGUGGCAAGCGGCGGCGGCAGCGGCGGUGGCGACGGCGGCGGAGGGAGAGGCAGCGCAGCAGCAGCUAGUGGCAAUCAAUCGCAUCGCGAGACGGAACAGCAACGCUACCAUCACUACCAGCAACAACAGCAGCAGCAGCAGCAGCAACACCAACAACAGCAACAGCAGCAGCAGCAGCAAAGCCAAUAUCCACACCAACAUCAACAUCAACACCAACAACAGCAGCAGCUGCAAUCGCAGCAGCAACAGGCCUAUCAGUCCUACCAAUACCCCUCGCACGACAGCUGUGAGGGCUUCAAUCAAUUUGCCAACGACGCCAGCAGCUGCCUGGGCAAUCAAAGAAUGAUGGUUAGCAAGUUGUGGAAUAGCUGCUUUCCGGAGUUUACGCCGGAUCACGUACAUCGGCAUAACUUUUAUCUGUGCCAGUGGCAACGCAACACUCAGGUGCGCAUUGUGUAUCUGUUCUAUCGCUGGAUAACGGCGAUAACCUGUUUGGCGGCCUUAGUGUGCUCGUUGCUGGAUAUUGGGCGCACCGAUGAGCACUUCGAGCAUCACUAUGCCAAAUGGUGGAUCUAUCUGACCCACUGGGGGCUGCUAUUUUGCACUGUCCAGGCAUGGCUGGCCGCCUGGAUAGUCACCCAGGGCAUGAUGGUCGAGCGCGAGGAUUUCGAGAUUGUGCGCCAGGCGAAGAAGAGCCGCUUGCACCAUCUCUACUGGGUGCUGUACACCUGUGCCACCGUCUACGCCUUUAUUGUUACAAUGUGCUACUGGCUGCUCGUCCACAAUCCCGAUAUCCACAAAAUUGACGCCUUGAACAUCAUGGUCCACGUAUUGAACACCAUCAUAAUGCUCAUCGAUCUGGCUAUUGUGGGACAUCCGAUUAAGAUGAGUCACGCCUACUUUACCACUGGUAUUGGCCUGGCAUAUGCCAUUUUUACGGGCAUUUACUUCUUGGCCGGCGGCACAGACAGGAAAAAUCAAACUGCCAUCUAUCCGAUGAUGGACUGGACCAAGCCGGGCAAGGCCAUCAUUGUGACAGCGUGUGCCAUAAUUUUCACGUUCUUCGUGCACUUCUGCUGCUAUCUGCUCUACCGUGGACGCGUCUGGCUGUUCACCAAGCUCUGCAUACGCGGUCGCCAUAAUCGCGAUGGUGAGAUGGGCGAGGGCCUCAAUGAUGAUUCUGGCUCGCGUAUGGGUGGAGGCGGCGGUGGUGUUGGUGGUGCAGCUACUGUAGUUGGCGGCGGCGGCAGCAGCCAGGACUAUGCACAUCAGCAGCAGUAUCCCAUUGCGCACACGGAGCAGCCGCGGGCCAUUUCACAGCAGCCGCCAGCCAGCUACCAGCUGCCUCCACAAUAUUCGGGCUAUCUGCAACAGCCCGUUGUGGCCGGUGUCAAUGUGGGCGUGGUCAGUGCUGAUGGCGUCUAUCAACCAAUUGGCACUGAUUCGGGCCGCACGAGCGGAGGCGGCGCUGUGGAUGGCGCCAGCAAGCACAAGAGCUCUAACUCUGGUGCUGGCGUCGGCUCCGGUUCCGGCACUGGCUCGGCUUUGACACGUACGGUCGCCCAUUUGGACGCGGCACAGCGGGAGCAGUUCCUCAAUCCCAAUAAGAUCGUCGAGUAUAAGAUGUAAAGGCGUUGUACCCGGCACCGGUAUACGUUCCGCUUGUCCAUGAAGUUUCUGGAGAAGCACUGUGCACAAUGCGAGGCGGCACGUCAGGCCGUCAGCGAGGAGCAGCGCCACCUGGCGGCGGCCGAAGCGCAUGCGCACAGUGGUUAGUUUAAGAUUUGCUUCUGCUGUUUAAUUUCCAAGCCAGCCUGCCCAGCCAGGCAGGCGUUGGCAUUGUGUAGCCUGUAUUUGG